CCCGGGCCGAGUCUGCUGAGUCACAGAGCCGACCCACGAGCCGCCCGGACCUGCCCAGCGGCCCUGUCAGAACCAGACCGGCGAACCGUCUCACCCGUGAGGCCGAAAGCAGUCAACCGAGUGAGUGAGAAGAUGUAGCAGAGCAGCAGUGAGAAGACCCCGCCCCUGCCUGGUGUGGACAGCCCAGCCCAGACAGGCUCCCCUCAGCCACCCUCACCAUGUCCAAGAAGGGUACGGGCGGCAGAGGCAAGGGGGACAAGGCGGACGUCCUCGCCGGGCUGCAGGCCGCCAACGAGGAGCUGCGGGCCAAGCUCACCGACAUCCAGAUCGAGCUGCAGCAGGAGAAAAGCAAGAUGGAGGAGAUGAAAUUUAAGGACAGAGCAGUCUUCGUGCUGGAGAGAGAGUUAGGGGUGCAAGCCGGGCACGCUCAGAGGCUGCAGCUCCAAAAGGAGGCUCUAGACGAGCAGCUGUCCCAGGUCAAAGAGGCUGACCGGCACCUGGGCAGCCCCAGACGGGAGCUUCCUUAUGCCAGCGGUGCAGGAGACGCCUCCGACCACCCGGGAAGCCCCGAACAGCAGUUGGAUGAAAAGGAUGCUCGGCGCUUCCAACUUAAAAUCGCAGAGCUAAGCGCGAUCAUUCGGAAGCUGGAGGACCGGAACGCGCUGCUGUCGGAAGAGAGGAACGAGCUGCUAAAGCGUUUAAGAGAAGCCGAAAGUCAGUACAAGCCAUUGCUGGAUAAAAAUAAACGCCUCACUCGGAAAAACGAGGAUCUGUCCCAUACGUUACGUCGAAUGGAAAACAAGUUAAAAUUUGUCACCCAGGAAAACCUGGAAAUGAGACAAAGAGCCGAGAUCAUAAGGAGACCCAGCUCCUUGAAUGACCUGGAUCAAAGUCAAGAUGAACGAGAAGCAGACUUCUUGAAACUUCAAAUUCUGGAGCAGCAGAACCUCAUAGAUGAGCUCUCCAAGGAGCGUGACAAGCUUCUGAGAUACCGGAAACAGCGGAAGAAGAUGGCGAAGCUCCCCAAGCCCGUUGUCGUGGAGACCUUCUUCGGCUAUGACGAGGAGGCCUCCCUGGAGUCCGAUGGCUCUUCCAUCUCUUACCAAACGGACAGGACGGACCAGACCCCGUGCACACCGGAGGAUGACCUGGAGGAGGGCAUGGCCAAGGAGGAGACAGAGCUGCGGUUCCGGCAGCUGACCAUGGAGUACCAGGCGCUGCAGCGCGCGUACGCCCUGCUCCAAGAGCAGGUCGGAGGGACCCUGGACGCCGAGCGAGAAGUUAAGACCCGCGAGCAGCUGCAGGCGGAGGCGCACAGGGCGCAGACGCGGAUCGAGGACCUGGAGAGGGCCCUGGCCGAGCAGGGGCAGGACAUGAAGUGGAUCGAGGAGAAGCAGGCGCUGUACCGGAGAAACCAAGAGCUGGUGGAAAAGAUUAAACAAAUGGAGACGGAAGAGGCUCGGUUGAAACACGAGGUCCAGGACGGGAAAGACCAAAACGAGCUGCUGGAAUUCCGGAUCCUGGAGCUGGAGGAGAGGGAGAGGAAGUCACCCGCCAUCAACUUCCACCACACCCCCUUCGUGGACGGCAAGAGCCCACUCCAAGCCUACUGCGAGGCGGAAGGUGUGACGGACAUCCUGGUCACAGAGCUGAUGAAGAAGCUGGACAUAUUGGGGGACAACGCCAAUCUGACCAAUGAGGAGCAAGUGGUCGUCAUACAAGCCAGGACAGUCCUGACCUUGGCUGAGAAGUGGCUGCAGCAGAUCGAGGAGACAGAGUCGGCCCUGCAGCGGAAGAUGGUUGACCUGGAGAGCGAGAAGGAGCUGUUCAGCAAACAGAAGGGCUACCUGCAUGAGGAGCUGGACUACAGGAAGCAGGCCUUGGACCAGGCUCACAAGCACAUCCUGGAGCUGGAGGCCAUGCUGUUCGACGCCCUGCAGCAGGACGCAGGGGCCAAAGUGGCGGAGGUGCUGUCGGAGGAGGAACGCGAGAAGCUCAGGGUGGCCGUGGAGCAGUGGAAGCGCCAGGUCAUGAGCGAGCUGCGUGAGCGGGACGCCCAGAUCCUGCGGGAGCGCAUGGAGCUGCUGCAGCUGGCGCAGCAGAGAGUUAAAGAGUUAGAAGAAAGAAUAGAAGCCCAGAAGAGGCAAAUAAAGGAGCUGGAGGAAAAGUUUCUAUUUUUGUUCUUGUUUUUCUCCUUAGCUUUCAUUCUGUGGUCAUAG